CUCACAAAUUCAAUUCCAAAAAAAAAAAAACACAAUUAGAACCAUCUUCUUCUUCAAAUUUCCACACUUGCGUCAAAACCAAAGUUUCAAUCUUUAUCGAAAAAACCCCACAUUAAAAUUAAACAUAGUUCUACAAAAGUUUAUAAAAAAAAGACAUGAUUCAUUAUUUACAGUACAGUUUUUUUCUCUUUCUGUUACAAAGUGGUUUGUUAGUAUCACCUUUAUCUUGUUCUCUAUGUUAGUUUCAUUAGAUUGUUCAAUUGGGUCACAUUUUUCAUUCUCAAAUUCUUUUGUUAUUGAAUUUAAAACAAAAGAGAGGAAACUUUGGAGUUUGAACCAUCAUGGCUGCAAAGAAAGCCAUUGAAACAUUCUCCAAGAGCUUGAUUGAAGAUGUUCAUAAAUGGGGUUGUUUUAAACAAACAGGUGUGAGUUUAAGGUACAUGAUGGAAUUUGGUUCAAAACCAACUGACAAGAAUUUGUUGAUUUCUGCACAGUUCCUUCAGAAGGAACUUGCUAUUAGGAUUGCUAGAAGAGCUAUUGAACUUGAAAGUCUUCCUUGUGGAUUAUCACUAAAACCUGCUGUUUUGAAGGUUAGGGAUUGGUACGUGGAUUCCUUCCGCGAUAUUAGAUCAUUCUCCGAGAUCAAGAAUAUGAAUGAUGAAAAAGAGUUCACUGAAGUGAUCAAGGCCAUAAAAGUUAGACACAACAAUGUGGUACCUACAAUGGCCUUAGGUGUUCAGCAAUUGAAGAAGGAUAUGGAUCCAAAGAUUGUUAAUCAAGAUGUUGUUGAGAUUCAUCAGUUCCUCGAUCGCUUUUACCUGUCAAGAAUCGGAAUCCGCAUGCUCAUAGGGCAGCAUGUUGAGUUGCACAAUCCAAAUCCUCUACCUCACGUCGUAGGCUAUAUACAUACAAAAAUGUCUCCGGUGGAGGUGGCGAGGAAUGCUAGCGAGGACGCACGCGCUAUAUGUUGUCGCGAAUAUGGAAGUGCCCCUGAUAUUCAUAUUUAUGGCGAUCCUGAUUUUACUUUUCCAUAUGUUUCAGCUCAUUUGCAUCUUAUGGUAUUCGAGUUGGUUAAGAACUCGCUGCGUGCUGUCGAAGAGCGUUAUAUGAAUUCUGACAAAGUUUCGCCUCCCAUACGAAUAAUAGUUGCUGAUGGAUUAGAGGAUGUUACCAUUAAGAUAUCAGAUGAGGGAGGUGGAAUACCAAGAAGUGGCCUGCCAAAGAUUUUUACAUAUCUGUAUAGUACUGCAAGAAAUCCGUUGAAUGAGCAUGAAGAUCUUGGAGUAGCUGAUAAUGUGACAAUGGCGGGAUAUGGAUAUGGCCUUCCUAUUAGUCGUCUAUAUGCUCGGUAUUUUGGAGGCGAUCUUCAAAUAAUCUCUAUGGAAGGAUAUGGGACUGAUGCAUAUCUACAUCUAUCUCGUUUGGGAGAUUCACAAGAACCUUUGCCUUGAAAUUAAGUCAUUUACUUUUCGGUUACACUCAAGAGUCGUGACUUGUGGUAUUCAACUCCAAAGAAACAUUAUGGUAGGACAAAGACAUAAAAAAAGGACCAAGUGUUGUCAACUUUUCAUCAUAUUCUAUACUAAUAAAUUGAGAAAUUUGUUGUAAAUAUUUUUACACAUAACAUUGUUUAUGGUAAAGGUCCUUUCUUUGCCUUUCAGUCCAUCUUUGGGAUUUUGUCCCUUUGUUAUUGUUUAGAAUGAAUAAGGAAAUUGAUGCAUAUGGAGGGCCAUUUUUGUGUGGUCCUGGGAAAACUUAUCCAAUCCUAUCCAAUGAGCAAUCAUGAUCACUAUUGCAAUGAGAAAAUGAGAGGACUUAAAUGCCA